AUGGCCUGCAAGUUUCCAGCGUUACUUGUGCUUGUCUGGUUCUUCAGCCUGCAUGUUGGUCGAACCAUUUGUCUGGAUGAAAAGUGUCCAGAGUGCGAGGGAAUGGUAGGAAUGGUGCCGUUCAAGACCUAUUGUGGCCGACAGCUCACGUGCAGAUGCGGGUCUCCGAUAGGCCACAAGCAGUGUGAGGAGCUCAAGGAGGGCACUCAUCAGACCUGUGAAGCCGGGUGCGGAUGGCGAGAUGAUGAAUAUGUGAAGCUCUGCACGGAUCAAGAUCAUCACCAAGAACCAUGCAAGGCCUUUUUGACUAAUCCUGGGUCCUUCGAAAGUCCCUCAUCCUCCGAGUCCUUGACCGCCUCCAGAAGUGGCUCCUUUAGCUCCGAAACUACUUCCCAUGACUCCGCGGAAUCUGCCCCCUCUUCGGUCCAGUCUGUUUCCUCACCUUCUUGGGAAGUCGAGUCAGACUUGACCAAAACUCCGCUCAAGGCAUGA